UUGGUACCCAAUGCCCCCACGAUCGCAUCGACGCUCAACGAAGGUAUGCACUCGUUGCAGACAGCUGCGACUUCAAAUUCCCCGCAUGUACAACUUGUAAAACAGCAAACGCAACCUGUCUAGGCUUUGACCCCGCGACAAGAAAAUCAGUGCCACGAAGGUACCCCCUCAAUUUUGCUGCCUGUGACACUUUAU